AUGACCCCGAGUCUCGACAAAGAUAUGGAAUCAAUGAAGCCGAAUAUCCCACCAUUGAAGAUCGCCAAGUCGAAUUUGAAUCUAUCCAACGCUGAACACGACGAUACCGAUAUCGAGAAUAAGGGCACGGCCGGUCGUUUUUACUUGAAUCACGGCCAGUCCGAGAUCACUCCGCCAUUGACACCGCAAGGAAUAAACACCAAUAUGGAACCAUCAGAGCCCUCUGAAGCCCCGAGGGCUGUAUUUCACAAUUACCUACGCGCAUUCUAUCCGUUCCACCCGGCUGGAAAUGUUUCGCCAUCGACCGUUACUCUUCCCUUAGAUCAGGGGGAUAUCAUUCUGGUUCACUCCGUUCACACCAAUGGCUGGGCCGAUGGUACCUUGUUAGAUUCUGGACAUCGAGGCUGGUUACCCACGAAUUAUUGCGAAGCAUACGACCAAUUGCCCAUGCGUCCUUUGUUAAAGGCGCUGACUGACUUUUGGGACAUUAUACGAGGAGGAUGUGGAUCAUCAUUAAAGGAUUUUGGAAACCAAGAUUUGAUGCGAGGCCCUAUUGCUGGCGUUCGGUUCCUUCUGGAGAAGGCAGAAUGCCUGACAAGGGAAGCGCCUCUGGUUAAGAGUUAUGAUGGGCUACGGAGGAUCCGGAAGGCACUGCUGUCUGAUCUCUCAUCGCUCGUGAAGACCGCUAAGAAGUUUCAAGAAGUCGCUAACGGCAGCCCGGCGGAUGACGAGGUAGAGGCCAUCUUAGAUGAGAUGCUUCUGAAGGCAUUUAAGAUCGUGACCCGUGGAGUGCGUUUUCUGGAUGUGUGGAAUGAGGAAGUGGGCUUGAGCCGGACUAUCGCUGAGCUUGAAUCUGCCGGUGAUAGCUUGACCCAAUUUGAUAUGCCUCCAACGCCCGCGUCAGAGACCUUCACUGUGGAUACUGGCAUGUCCGAUGCCUGCACCGAACGAAACGAGUCUCGACAGAUGAGCCGCAGUCGGAUGGGCGUCAGUCGUGCCUCGGUCCGCACGGAGGUGCUGGAUCACCCAUCUAGACCUGUCUCCGUGACCACCAAACGCAUUUCCGUGUCUCAUCGAGUGUCGUACUCGGGCGCCUCGGCUGCUAUUCGUUCACAGAACCUCGCGUCAGAGCGUCUGGGUACAACGUACGAUGCCUUCCUUGGCGUGCUCGGAUCUUUCAUUGGCCUCCACAUGCAGUCGCGAUCAUCUACCGAGUUGGUUGUGACCACCCAACAAGCCGUGCAGUCCUGCCGGUCAUUAUUGGAUGUUGUGGAGGCUGUCUGCGAGCAUGACACCCAGCACAGUUCUUUCCUCGAGGAGGCUCGCGAGUCAAUGUGUGAGCGGUUAUCGGAGUUGGUUCACGCUGCUCGUGAUGUGUUCCGACCUGCCAGCUCGCAAGAGGAUGAUUUGAUCUUGAUGCCAGACCAGGGCAAGCGCCUGGUGGAUGCUGCGACUGACUGCGUAAGGGCUGCUGGUAACUGUCUGGCCAAGUCUCGUAUGGUGCUAGAACAGAUUGGAGACAUUGAGCUUGAGCCCCUGAAUGAGGGGUUGGAAACCAGCGAGGACGUGCCUGGCAUUAUUACCUCGCAGGCUGACACUCCGAGUGACGAGAAAUCGCAAGAGCUUUCCUUGCGACUUCCCCCUCCUCCUCUCACUAUUCCAAACACAACUUACUCCUCUCCGUCGACCCCUGCCCUUACCGAUUCCACUACCCCCUCUUCAUUUCAAUCCCACCUUGCCUCAUCCAUCAAUUCCGCCCACCCAUCCUCUGCAAUCCUCCCCUCUCAUCUGGAAAUGUCUUCCUUCUCUUCAUACGACAGCAGUUACCGUGAAAGUCAUCCCAAGUCCGACGUAAGUGAAUCUUUCGGUCGAGGUGUGACAAGCACGGGUAGCAGCUUUACAUACAACAGCCACACUCGUGACUCUGAGAUGAGCGGUGUGUCGCAGACUUCGACUCGCGCCACUUCCCCUGACAUCGGCGGUAGCUUCCAAGGAAGCUUCCACGGGCCAUCCUUGAAGGAGAGCUUGAGCCACUCGACUUUGGCCGAGGAGAAUGAGGAGACAGAAGCCCAUCUCCUGGAGAAGACUUAUGCGCAUGAACUGAUCUACAAGGAGGGUCAGGUCAUGGGCGGUAGUCUUCGUGCUUUGAUCGAGAAGCUUACCGCUCACCAAUCGACUCCCGAUGCUAUGUUCGUCUCAACCUUCUACCUCACAUUCCGUCUUUUCGCUACUCCCCAGGAGUUUGCCGAGGCGCUUGCUGAGCGAUUCGAAUACAUCGGAGAUACUCCACAUGCAGCCGGUCCCGUUCGUUUGCGCGUUUACAACAUUUUUAAGGGCUGGCUCGAGUCUCACUGGCGCCAUGAUCGUGACAACGAUGCUUUGGAGUUCAUUGUUGAUUUCGCUAAGAACCGUCUGACCACUGAUUUGCCUACUGCGGGUAAGCGUCUUCUCGACUUGGCAGAUAAAGUGUCUGCUGUUCACGGCCCGGUCGUCCCUCGUCUGGUGUCCUCCAUGGGCAAGACCAACACAUCAAUUGCUCAAUACGUUCACCCCGAUACCCCUCUUCCUCCUCCCGUUCUUGGCAAGAAGGAGAUCAACCUGCUGAAGCAGUGGAAGACUGGCGAGUCCUCGAUUACUAUCUUGGACUUUGACCCGUUGGAGUUGGCUCGGCAGUUGACCAUCAAGGAGUCUCGCAUUUUCUGCUCCAUUCUUCCCGAGGAACUCCUCGAUACCGAAUGGACCCGCAAGUCGGGAUCGCUUGCUGUCAAUGUUCGUGCCAUGUCGACUUUGUCGACUGAUCUCGCUCACUUGGUCGCUGAUUCUAUUCUCUACCUUGAGGAGCCCAAGAAACGGGCUGUCACCAUCAAGCACUGGGUCAAGAUCGCCAACAAGUGUCUGGAACUCAACAACUACGACUCUCUCAUGGCUAUUAUUUGCUCUUUGAAUCUGUCAAUGAUCUCGCGGCUGAAGCGUACCUGGGACAUCGUGUCUCAGAAGACCAAGACUACCUUGGAGAACCUCCGCAGCAUCGUUGAUGUUUCUCGGAACUACGCCGUCCUCCGACAGCGUCUUCAGAACCACGUCCCACCGUGCCUGCCCUUUGUCGGAACCUACCUGACCGAUCUCACCUUUGUCGACCAUGGCAACCAGUCUCUCCGCAACUUACCAACGGACGACGGCGAAAGAGCCGUGAUCAACUUCGACAAGCACAUGAAGACAGCCCGAAUCAUCAGUGAACUUCAACGAUUCCAGAUUCCCUACCGUCUCACCGAAGUCCCCGAGCUCCAGACCUGGAUGCAGAACGAACUUAUCCGCGUUCGCUCCAACGGCGAAACAACCGCCCAGACCUUCUACCGUCGCUCCCUCGUUCUCGAGCCACGGGAUUCAUCGCGCAGUGGUCCCCACCUGAAUACCCAACUCGCACCUCAAACUCCAUCUGCAUCUCAACCUCCAACUCCUUCCGAAUCUAAUCCUCCUUCUAUUCUUGAGAAUGCGAAAGACAAGUUUGACUUGUUCUCCUGGACACAUCCGUCCAAGCCGAAGUCCGUUGCGACGAAUGGCUAA